UCUGUCCUAUUUCCUGUUUUUCUACUAUAUGCUGAUUGGUUUAUUCAGAUGUGUGUACCGGGUCAUAGUGUCCAUGUGUUUAGGAAUAUUUUACAUAGCGCGUAUGGAUAGAUCCUUGUUAUUUCCUGGAUAUGAACAUCGUGAUAUCGGUUAUAUGACAUAUCUUGGUUCUCUGGAGGUUGAACUUCACCAUUGUCACCCGGUAGUUGUUGUCUUCUGUGACCAGAUGAUCAAAACUGUGAAAAAUAUCUCUACUAAAUCCGCGCAGAGCCUUAAUUCCCCGGAUGAUCCUGCUUAUGAAAACAGGAUAUGUGGGCUCUCCAGUGUUUACACACGUAAAGUAAGGAAUAGGUGGCAAAAGAUGAAAACCAUGAUCUCUAACCAGUCUCUUUGCAAAACUUCGAAAACAAACAUUUCUUUUGAGCAUCUUCUUACUGCCAGGAAAACCUUGGUGGGAUCCACAAAUCAAUCAUCUUACCUCUAGGUAAAAGUAUAAUGAGAGUUGACUAAAAAUUCUGGGUAAUUAUGUAGUUUUGUAGGAUAAAUAUUAGAUCUACAUAUAAAAGCUUUUAAGUCUUGAGACUAAACUUAGGAUAUGAAAUUAG